GAGAAUCCAGGCGGGGGUAAAAAGAGGGAGCCGCGCUUGAACCUGACCCUGCUUCUGCACCGCGGCAUACAAACACCAAGUCAUUUUGGACUCUCCCACCUCUUGGCGCCCCAACGAGAGUUCGAUAGACGCUCAGAUAGACAGUCGCAAAAGAACGCCCAAGCACGCGGAACCGAAGGUGGCGAAAGGAGCAGAUCCACCCUUCCCUCUCAGCGCGGCAGGGUAGAAGACGAAAGAGGACCACAGAACGCUUACACACAGCAGAUAUCAUGGGGUUCAGGACACUCGGCGUACUCCUGGCGACGCUGUGCGUGAUGACGUCAGCGCUCGUCUCGGCGAACGACAUGGCGACGAACAGCAGCGCGAGCACCAGUAUCGCCUCGAGCGGCAGCGGCAGCGAGACUGUGGCGCAGCUGCUGGCAGAGGUGCAGGCCGCCGUGGCGGACGAUCCCGCGCUCGCCAACAUGUUUGACAUCUCGAGUGCCAGCCAGAUGAGCGAGGAGGAGCUCAGGACGCUGCUGCAGGACAUCCUUGACGUCAGUUUGAGCAGCAGCUCCGGCUCCAGCUCGAACAGCUCCAGUUCCAGUUCGACGGCUUCUGCGUCGGCAGAAUCCACCCAAAGCGCGUCAGCAGCUGGCUCGACGGUAUCUAGCGCUGCGACGGUCACGCUAUCGACGGCAUUCGCGGUCCUGGUAGCGGUGGCUGCACUUGGUGCUACAUUGUAGGCAAGCAGCAUGACAGGGAAUUGCGGGGUCGGGAAAGGGGCGAUCAGGCAGAGGAAAUUUUGCUGACAAGCACUACAGCCGGCGACCUAGUCCGACUGAUAUUUUAUUCAUCGACACACAACACAAGACAGCUCAUCGUAACCGUGAGAAGUGGGAAAAGCUCGUUCGGGCCUCUAAUGACAUUUUAACUUUGUAUUUCUUCGAACUGCUUGAUGGAGAUAUUGUGUAGGUGCCUUUGUGAGUACUAAAGACCAUGAAUCAUACGUGGGUGCUUCUGUUAAAGUCGUGGAUCAAGCCGGUUAAGGUUUUCGUGUAUCCUGCGGCUUAAGGACGCCCUGAAAUUGCGCACACAAAAGUUAAAAAGUGAAAGUUUGUUUUGUCAGCCUUAGCUAAUUGGUAGCCCUCUUACACUAACCAUGGCGUCGAUGUACCACAGUAGUACACAACGAUACGUCUUUGCCGUUAUUCUUCGACCGUACGUGACCUAGCACUAAGGGUAGUCGAUCAUUGGGAUGCAGCGACAGGAAAGGAAUACUUAUGUAAAAUGAAGUUCUAGGUGCGCUCGUUUUGGUCUGGGAGGACGUGGCUUCACCAUUGGUGACUAGAGCGUAGGGUUGAAGAGG